AUGAGUGAGGAUUUUGUGUGUUUAUCCGGUGGCAAUUCCACUUCAAAUUCUUCGGGUGUGGUGGAGAGCUUACCAUGGGCGUUGAAGAGGAUUAACGAUGAGGAAUUGGAUUCGAUCAAACAAAUAUCACUGAUAAAUUAUUCUGAGAUACACAUAUUGACGUUAUCUAAUCUGAAUUCAGAAGGGCGGAAUGUGGGAACGGAUGAAUCGUCAAUGGCGGGAGCAAAGAAAGAGCAUUGUCCAGUGAUAUUCUCGAUCAAACCACUAACGGAGUCCAAAGAGGGCUUCACGGAGAUAACAACUCCGUUGAAUGAUGGACGGGAAGGAGGUUCUCUAGGGCAACACGAUAAUGGGCUUCACAAGUGGGCUGCAAUUAAAUAUCUUGGCCAAUACGAUUUUAAUCAGACAAUGGACUUGAUGUUUAUGAUCAAAGAAAAAUUAGGCCCACAUGUUAAUAAAGCCAUUGAUAUAAGCUUUUGGACUGAAAAUAACCACGUUUAUCCUAAUCAGCUGGCAUCACCGUCCCUAACGCUGGCAAUGGCUUACGUGCUUCAGCAGAAUCGGAGAGUUAGAUCAUCGAGUCGCAUGGAAUGGUAG